AUGAUCCUAGACACACUUCCUCCCCUUGUGGCCUCUGCGCUACUCUUUUUUGUCAUCCACCGGCGCUUCUUCCACCCCCUUUGCCAUGUCCCCGGUCCAUUUCUCGCCGCCACCAGCCCGCUAUUCCUAUACGCCAUCUGCUCUCUGGGCAUUGAGGGCCAUGUACUUCGCUCCCUUCACCGUCGCUACCGCACAUCUGUACUCCGCGUAGGACCGAACAGCGUCUCGAUCUCCGACAGCACCGCCCUCCGCGACAUCUACAUUGCCAACGGCGGCUUCCCCAAGGAUGCCCGCUACACAAAAUUCAACCUGGGCCCAAUCGUCUCCAUUUUUUCCGCCAUCGAUACAGAAUAUCGCGACCGGCGCGCCAAAGCUGUCGCCCCUCUAUUUGCUCCCGCCCGGCACCUCCGCACGUACCAGUCCGAAAAGAUUCCAUUCGAUCUCGUCGACCUUUGCGCCCGUCUCUCUAUCGAUGUGGUGACAGAGUACCUUCUCGGCAAACCCUACGGGGGCUUCGCCGAAACCGCACACCUCUCCGCGCAGGAACAGCAGAGCAACAAGCUCAGCGCCAACCUCUUCAUAUUCGCCAUCGUCGCUUUCUCGCGAUUCUCCCUGCUACCUAACUGGCUCUUCCAACAAGUCGACCGUCUGGCCACCCAUCUGACCUUAACCGAAGAAACGAUCCAAUCAUUCCAGAAACUCAACACGUUCGCCGCAAGAGUCAUGCCCCGGGCUGAUUCCCUGGGCUUGACAUCCACCUAUCAAUCUCGCCUGCUAGCGGUGGGAAUCUCUGAGACAGAAACAGUAACCCAAUGCAAAGCCAUUGUGUUCGCAGGGGCAGACUCGACAGCCGUAAUGCUCACUACCGUCCUAUUCCACCUAAUCCGGAACAAAGAAAGUCGCCGCAUUCUUGCGGCAGAAAUAAGCGCUCAUCGCCAGAAAACCCCAGCUUUUGACCCAGAAUCUGUUCCCUAUCUUCGUGCCUUCGAGCCUUCUGUCCCACCCACGCUUCCCAGACGGUUGCAGGCGGGUCAACAACUUCAAUUUCCAUAUAAAUAUGUACUCUGUAGACAUUCAUUCGUUUUAUCUACUAAUUACCGAGCCCGUGAUAAUAGUGAAAUUGAUCUAGUUAUCUUGAACUGCAUAUUAUUCUGA